AUGAAUGUGUCAAAUGAGAUUAAAUUCUUCAACCUCACCAAUCCACUAGAGGAAAGUCAGGGUAUUUCGAGCAAACGAUCUCAGGAUGGCAACGCCGGUAAGGAUAAGAGUGAGCAUCUUAAACAAGACGUCGAUGGGGAGGCAGAAGCCACCCAAUCUCCACCCCAAGCUUCCCACGCCCACGAGCUGGUUCUCUAUCAACCACUCUUUCCGUCAACGCUCAAUGUACCUUGCCCCCCUACUCAUCGUACGCUCCAACAUCCAGAUUGCCAUUCCACGCUGAUCAUUGGUCCCGAUGAAUCUAAUGAGGACAAAGAUGAUUUGGUAGAGUAUUGA